UCAUCUGCCCGGCUCUCCAUCCAUCAAAUCACUAGUCUUCAGCGCUCCCGGUCCCCAAUGGCAGCGGCCGCCAGCCCCGCGUGGCUCCAGUGCCUCCCGCUUCUGCUCCAGCUGUCAGGCUGGUCCCGGGCAGAGAGGGCCGACCCUCACUCUCUUUGCUAUGAUGUGACCAUCACCCCUAAGUUCAGACCUGGACCAUGGUGGUGUGUGGUUCAAGGCCAGUUGGAUCAAAAGACUUUUCUUCACUAUGACUGUGGCAACAAGACAGUCACACCAGUCAGUCUCCUGGGGAAGAAAAUAAAUGCCACAAAGUCCUGGAAAGAACAGAACCCAGUCCUGAGAGAGCUGGUGGACAUGCUCACCGAGCAACUGCUUGGCAUUCAGUUGCAGAAUUACACACCCAGAGAACCCCUCACCCUGCAGGCCAGGAUGUCUUGUGAGCAGAAAGCUGAAGGACACAGCAGUGGAUCUUGGCAGUUCAGCUUCGAUGGACAGAUCUUCCUCCUCUUUGACUCAGAGAACAGAAUGUGGACAACGGUUCAUCCUGGAGCCAGAAAGAUGAAAGAAAAGUGGGAGAAUGACAAGGAUAUGACCAUGUCCUUCUAUUACUUCUCAACGGGUGACUGUACACGAUGGCUUGAGGACUUCCUGAUGGGCAUGGACAGAACCCUGGAGCCAAGUGAAGGAGCACCACCCACCAUGGCCCCAGGCACUGCCCAACCCAAAGCCACGGCCACCACCCUCAGUCCCUGGAGCCUCUUCAUCAUCCUCUUCUGCUUCAUCCUACCUGGUAUCUGAGGAGAGUCCACUGUGAAGGGAGGAGAAACUGGAACAGGCUUCCUGAAGGACAGGGUGAUGGGGCUCCAACAGGAGUCAAAAAUAUCCAAGUCUGAAUUAAGAAUACGUAUUGAAAUGGCGUAAAGACUCCCUGGAAAUAUGAGAACCCAAUAAAGUUUCAUUCCAGGCA